AUGGCAGGGGAAGAGUGGAUGAGACAGGCUAUUAUUAGCUUUGAUGGUGGUGGCAUCAGAGGCUAUGGUAGCCUGCUUAUCCUUCGAGCGCUCAUGGAAAAGGUAGGGAUUGAGGAAAGGCGCAUAGACCCUGUCGUCAAGUCGAGUUUCUCGCCUUGCCUGUACAAGCCCACAAAAAUCGGGUUCAGCACACGCUAUACAAACGACGUCGAGUCGUUCGAAGCCACCGUCGUGACAGAGACCAAUCCAAGUGGCUUGUCCGAAGAUUCUCUUUUCUUGCCAUGUCAUUACUUUGAUUACGGUGCAGGGACCAGCACCGGGGGUCUUAUCAGCAUUAUGUUGUUCUGUCUCCGCAUGACGGUCCAUGAUUGCAUAAACGAGUACAAGAUCUUGGGCGAUAAGAUCUUCGGUCACCCAAGGCCGUGCUCGUGGUUUGGCAUUCUGUGGCCCAAGUAUAGCUCAGACUCUUUAAAGAAUGUUAUUAACGAAGCUACUGGAAGACAUAGCAACACUGGGUACAGAUUGAACUACGAAGUCGAGGAGCAGCUGUCCCAAUGUAUCGUUGUUGCCUACCCGGACAGCAACGCUCGCGGAGAUGUGCCUUUCCUGUUCCGUACCUAUGAGCCGCCACUCUUGGCUCGAGACGAUGUAUACGAGAAGUUAAAGUCAGAUCCUAGACACCACCCAUCGGCGAUACCUUUGCACAAAGUGGCCCGAGCGACUGCAGCCGCACCGGCGUACUUCCGCCCAGUCAGGAUUUUCCCAGCUCACAGAGGUAAACCUCUUCCUGCUAUGCGAUUCAAAGAUGGUGGAUUUGGGUGCAACAACCCCAGCGAAGAAGCUUAUCAUGAUGUCGUCGAAGCUCAUGGAGGACUCAGCCGAAACAUCGGACCGUUCAUAAGCAUCGGAACAGGUAUUGGAAAGUUUAGAUUGUUUUCCAACAAGAUUGGGAACUUUCGGGACGUCUGCGCGAAUGCUACUGCAGCCCUGAAAAGACCUGCCUUGACAACCCUGGCCGACAAGUCCAUGUCUUACCUGGCGAACUUUGAUAAAGCGGAGAGGUUCCCUUAUUACAGAUUCGAUGGUGGUGAGGUCCUUGGUGAGGUAGCCAUGGACGAGUGGAAGACCCACAGAUCAGAGAAUCGCAGCCACGAGAAAAAGCAGCCGGGAGCCAAAACAUUGGAAGACAUUCAAAGAGCUGUAGAAGCAUACCUGCAACAGAAAAGUGUGCAAAGAGAUUUAGAAGAUUGCGCUAAAUUGCUGGUUCAGAGAAGACAUUUCCGAACCAAGGACUCAUCGAGGUGGGAGCGGUAUGCGACGACCUCGUAUUACCUGUGCAAGACUGGCAUCUGUGAGAAGGCUCGCUUUGAUACAGCUCUGGGUCUCAGGCAUCAUUUGGAAAGCUACCAUGGCUUCGAGGCUCGCGGUACAGUGGAUGAAAUGCUAGAGCAAUGUCGCAACUAUUGGUGGCUCUACCCUGGUUGA